CAAUCAGGUUGCGUUGUGUCCGAAACUACCGGUAUAAUCAACCACCCGUUAAUUUGGGUCAGCAGCAUUAAAAACGUUUCAGAUGAUACUAAGCGUUAGUAUCAAUAUUGAGUCCACGAUAUCAAGCGGGAUGGCGAGUAAUCAGAGAACAGCGCUUCAGCAAUCUCCGAAAACUCCAUUAAGAACUCCUGGGCAGGUAACCGGGUCGAAUUCAUCCAAUGCCCAAGAACAUCAACUGUGCCAAGAAAAGUACAAGCAGCUUGCAAAGUACAUAGAACCGUUAAAACUCCUGAUCACGCAUAUCCAAGAUGACGAGAACACUGAACGAGUUGAUACAAUGAUGAAAUUACUAACGAUAUUGUGUUGUCGCCAUCCUCGCGUCACUCUUUCGACGCUCCUUAGAUGUGAACAGGCUUUAGCAAGGGUAGACUUCGAAUCUUACAUUCAAUCAAGCAAUCAGCUUGCAGCACUCAGUAGCCAUCCAUUGAUCGAAGCCUUGCGUACUACGUUACGAAAUCCCGAUAGGAAUCAAAUUUUACAGCGUACCUUCCAACCUUGCGUAGAAGAUUUAUUUGGGACUGACAUACAAUGCCUACCUCCAGUUAAACCUCAGAGAAUGGAGCAAGAAGACAAUUCGUUCCUUGAAAUUCCACAUGUACUGCAGGGCGAGAUCGCUCGUUUGGACCAGAAGUUUACAGUUUCGUUGGACUCUGUUUCACAAAUCGCUGUUAGCAAGAGAAUAAACCUAAUAUGUCGCUUGAAUGACAAACUUUUGCCAUGCGUACCUCCAAUAGGCGUCACUAUACCGGAAAAGUAUCCAACGAAAUCGCCGAUCCUUUCAAUUCCAAAACAGGAGUACUCGGCCACGCCUUUCCUACGUGCUGUGCAGGCUGCGUUCGCGGCGCGUGCUCGUAAAUCUCCGGAAUUCCAUUCGCUAACGCACGUGCUCAAUAACUGGGAAAUAGCUAUUCGUCAAGCCUGUUCACCAAAUUCGGUUGCCCCAAAUAGAGUUUCAACUUUGUUGGGCAUCUAGACGAGUAAAGCAAGUUAAUGGCUGUGAUGUGCUAAUGUUGUCGAAGUGGGGAGGUACCAACAGCGGAAAAUUAAUAAAUUAGUUUCUAUUACAA